AGACACGAGCGCAGUGUGUGUGUGUGUGAGAGAGAGAGAGAUGGACGAGGAGAACGGUUACGGUGGAGGUAGCAGCUCUAACUUGGAGACUUCGAAAGCAGAGAGAUCGGUGUGGCUGAUGAAGUGUCCUUUGGUGGUGGCUAAGUCAUGGCAGACUCAUCCUCCUUCUCAACCUCUGGCUAAGGUUGUUCUCUCCCUCGAUCCUCUUCACCCCGAAGACGAUCCCUCUGCUGUUCAGUUUACAAUGGAAAUGGCUGGCUCUGAAGCUGUGAAUAUGCCAAAAACUUAUUCUUUGAAUAUGUUUAAAGACUUUGUUCCUAUGUGCGUCUUCUCCGAGGCAAGCCAAGGUGGCAAGGUUGCAAUGGAAGGGAAAGUAGAACAUAAGUUUGAUAUGAAGCCCCAUGGUGAAAACAUUGAAGAGUAUGGUAAACUCUGCCGUGAGAGGACAAACAAAUCUAUGAUAAAAAAUCGACAGAUUCAGGUUAUUGAUAAUGAUCGUGGAGUUCUAAUGAGGCCAAUGCCUGGAAUGAUUGGUCUAAUUUCAUCCAACUCCAAGGACAAGAAGAAGACACAGCCAGUUAAGCAAUCUGAUACAAAGAGAACAAGAAGAGACCGAGGUGAGCUGGAGGAUAUAAUGUUCAAGCUAUUUGAAAGGCAGCCUAAUUGGGCCUUGAAACAGCUUGUCCAAGAGACUGAUCAACCUGCGCAAUUCUUGAAAGAGAUCCUGAACGAACUGUGUGUAUACAAUAAAAGAGGGGCCAAUCAAGGAACUUACGAACUGAAGCCUGAGUACAAGAAAUCUGUUGAAGAUACAAGCGCUGAAUAAUUGCUUUGCUAUUUACUUUCUAUUACCCUAACUCCGCAAGCGCUCCCAAAAUAGUUGAAAUUCAGACGCUUUCUCUUUGUUGAGAAGGUUGUUAAAUAGGUUGAUGGAAGGGAAGGAUCAUUUGACAACAAAAUGACUAGCAAAGUAUGUAUUUGGAACUGUGAAGAAUACUCAGUUUUUCAUUAUAUUUUACCGAUUAAAUUAUUAAAGAUGCAGUUGUGUACAUUCAAGAGGAAUAUCAGUUAGCUGAAAAUUAAUUAUAUGUUGCCUUGUUACGCAUAGAAUAUCUCGGCACCCUGUACAUAGAGCUAUUUUGUUCUGAAGGCCUAAGGCCUAUUUAUAUGAUGCUCCUCUCCUUGUUUG